AGAGCCUUAUGGGUAAAUGGCUCAACCCCGCCCCUCAGUUGGAGGUUCCGAGGGCUGUUUGCUGUGGCUCUCCUCGCAGGAUGGCUGCCCUGGUUGUAAACAAGCCUGGAGCGGGGCUAGACAGUGGUCGACAGGGCAGCCGGGGAACGGCUGUGGUGAAGGUUCUGGAAUGUGGAGUCUGUGAAGAUGUCUUUUCUUUGCAAGGAGAUAAAGUUCCUCGCCUUCUGCUUUGUGGCCACACAGUCUGUCAUGACUGUCUCACUCGGUUACCUCUUCAUGGAAGAGCAAUACGUUGCCCAUUUGAUCGACAAGUAACAGACCUAGGAGAUUCAGGUGUCUGGGGGUUGAAAAAAAAUUUUGCUUUAUUGGAGCUUUUAGAACGACUGCAGAAUGGACAUAUUGGUCAGUAUGGAGCUGCAGAAGAAGCCAUUGGCAUAUCUGGAGAGAGUAUCAUUCGUUGUGAUGAAGAUGACGCUCAUGUUGCAUCUGUAUAUUGUACUGUGUGUGCAACUCACUUGUGCUCGGAGUGUUCUCAAGUUACUCAUUCUACAAAGACCUUAGCAAAGCACAGGCGAGUGCCUCUAGCUGAUAAACCUCAUGAGAAAACCAUGUGCUCUCAGCACCAAGUACAUGCCAUUGAAUUUGUUUGCUUGGAAGAAGGUUGUCAGACCUGCCCACUCAUGUGCUGUGUCUGCAAAGAAUAUGGAAAACAUCAAGGUCAUAAGCAUUCGGUAUUGGAACCAGAAGCUAACCAGAUCCGAGCAUCAAUUUUAGAUAUGGCUCACUGCAUACGGACCUUCACUGAAGAAAUCUCAGAUUAUUCUAGAAAAUUAGUUGGAAUUGUUCAGCACAUUGAAGGAGGAGAACAAAUAGUAGAAGAUGGAAUUGGAAUGGCUCACACAGAACAUGUACCAGGUACUGCAGAGAAUGCACGGUCAUGUGUCCGGGCUUAUUUUUCUGAUCUACACGAAACUCUGUGUCGUCAAGAAGAAAUGGCUCUAAGUGUUGUUGAUGCUCAUGUUCGUGAAAAACUGAUUUGGCUUAGGCAGCAACAAGAAGAUAUGACUAUUUUGUUGUCUCAAGUUUCAACUGCCUGCCUCCAUUGUGAAAAAACUUUGCAGCAGGAUGAUUGUAGAGUUGUUUUGGCAAAACAGGAAAUUACAAGAUUAUUGGAAACAUUGCAGAAACAGCAACAGCAGUUUACAGAGGUUGCAGAUCAUAUUCAGUUGGAUGCCAGCAUCCCUGUCACUUUUACAAAGGACAAUAGAGUUCACAUUGGACCCAAAAUGGAAAUUCGAGUUGUUACAUUGGGAUUAGAUGGUGCUGGAAAAACCACUAUUUUGUUUAAGUUAAAACAAGAUGAGUUCAUGCAGCCCAUUCCAACAAUUGGUUUUAAUGUGGAAACUGUAGAAUAUAAAAAUCUAAAAUUCACCAUUUGGGAUGUAGGUGGAAAACACAAAUUAAGACCAUUGUGGAAACAUUAUUACCUCAAUACUCAAGCUGUUGUAUUUGUUGUUGAUAGCAGUCACAGAGACAGAAUUAAUGAAGCACACAGUGAACUUGCAAAGUUGUUAACAGAAAAAGAACUCCGAGAUGCUUUGCUCCUGAUUUUUGCCAACAAACAGGAUGUCGCUGGAGCUCUGUCAGUAGAAGAAAUCACUGAACUUCUCAGUCUCCAUAAGCUAUGCUGUGGCCGUAGCUGGUAUAUUCAGGGCUGUGACGCUCGAAGUGGUAUGGGCCUGUAUGAAGGGCUGGACUGGCUCUCAAGGCAACUUGUAGCUGCUGGGGUAUUGGAUGUUGCUUGAUUUCAGAUGCCAGUUAUUUAGUUUUGUGGUUAACAGUUACUUUGUACAUAACACAUAAAUUCUACAUCACAAAUACGAAAAGGAUGUGCAUAGAAAAGAAUCUUGGGUUGGGAAUGAAGUAUGUUAUUGCUUUUAAAAAAUUACUCUCACAAAAUUUGAAUUAUCGGGCCGGGGAUUUAGCUCAGUGGUUUCGCCGCCUGCUGCGCAAGCUCAAGGGCCUGAGUUCGAUCCCCAGUACAAAAAAAAAAAAAAAAAUUCAGUUAUCGAAGCAGAUUAGAUUGGGUUAAAUAGAGAUUUCUUAGAUAUACUGUCUUUUUAAAAAGUAUAUUUAAGUUUUCCAGAUUAUAUGUUAUCCCAUAUAUUGGGAAAAAAGUUGUCACAGAGAAAGGAUAAGUGAAGGUUUUGUUUUUCCCAGUGAAAAACAAAUACACCAACUGAGUGCCUGGUGGAGCCUGUGUAGAGCAAGGAAGUCGUAACUUCUUUAACUUUCCUUUUCACUGAAUUUUGGCAGUACUUAGUAAUAGAUGUGGCAGUUGUGUAAUGAAAUAGAAUGAACUACAUUUGGGGGUAAUACAAUUACUUCAGUGUUCAGUAUAAUAGAACAUCUUUAGUGCAAAGAACUAUAAGCUAUAAAGUUAAUAUUUUAUACAAUGUUUUAUUAAGUUUUCUCCUAAAGCAUUUUGUAAAAACCAUAGAGAAUGAAAUGUUAUCUAACUAGGCCUGAGUGUCAAAUUAGUACUAAUAAACUGAAGAGUAAUUAAUAAAACUGAGUCAUUUGAUCUUCACCUUGGCUUAUUUCCUAGUCCAGAGCUCUAAAUUGGUCCUUCCAUUUUUCAACAUAUUAUUUCUUUUUAAAAUAUUCUAUCCUUUGUGGGAGUGACUAUAGGUAAAAUAUAGUCAGUCACACAAAGAACCAGUAGUCAGUUUUCCAUAAAAGAGAACUAAAUAGAAAACUAUCUUUACCUUAAAGAGUUGUUGUUCCAAACAAUGGGAAAUGCCUAUUACUUAUUUUUAAAGUAUUUCCCAAAACAAGUGUAUUUAUUCGACCAAAAAAAACAUGAUUAAGGCUUGUCAUGACAAAGCCUCAAAUUUAAGAGAAAAGACCUAUCUACAGAAGGAAAUAAAACUUUCACAAAGUUUACAUUUGUUAUGCAGUGUUGUGAAUAAAAGUAAAAAAUUUGUGCUCUUUACUGUUUCUCAUUUUUAAAUGAUAUUCAUGGAAGCAUGAUUUUAUUAUAUUUAAGUAGCUAGAGUUUUCUGUGUAUUUUUUAAUCCUUUUAAUACUUUGGGAUGAAGUUCCCUCUUCAGUCUUAUUAGUUGAAUUGUUAAAAGGACAGUGUAUCUGAUGACAAGAUGUGACUUACGUGGCAGGUUUGGUUCACUCUUCAAACUUUUUUUAAACAAUAAUUGUAGAAAACAAAACAUUUUAAAGUCCAUCAGUGUUAUGGGCAAUAUGUAAAUAAGUAUAUUUUGCCCUUUUUCAAGUAAAAGGCCAUGCUGUUACAAGUAGUUUGUGUGCAUAAGUGAUACUUUGGAAUUAAAUUAUUUAAUAUUUGACUGAUUUCAAUGUACUGUGAAAAAUAAGAAUGGUGUUCCAUUUGCCUGAGACCUUGAACUGUUUUCUGUACUAGAUAAUUGAAAAAAGUGUAACAUUGACGUGUGAAUUUGCUUUCCUUAUAAAUUAUUUCAUUGAUUUUGCUGAACUUGUAAUUCAUUCUCAGCAUAUAAGUGAACACAAUUUCAAAACUUGGCUCAGGCCUGAGCAUAAUGUAUAUAUAUUGGUAGGGUUUGUGUUUGAUUUUUCUUAAAGAAAUAUUUUUUUCAAGCUCCAAUUACUGUUUAUGGUUGUAAUCUUUCACUAAUCAUUAGUCAAGACUGUGCUGGUGUCCCCUGGGAAAUGUCAGAUUUAAGAAUGACAGAUGUUUUAAAUACAAUAUAUUAAGAUUUGCCUCCUAGCUCUGAAUUCCUGUAUUAUCUAAAUAUUAUUGGAUGUAUUAUAUAAAGCAGCUGUCAAGUAUAUAGCCUUGGUUUAUAAUUCAGCAAUGCUUAAAACCACCAGAAGCUAUUAUUUGCUUUACAUACAUGAUCAGUACAGACAGCAAUAAAAUAUUAAAAUCAUUAUAAA